AUGCCUCAUGGCGCCUCACCUGCCGUGCGAGCCUGUGGGUACGCGAUUCUCGUUUCGGAGGUUGGUUUCUUUGCAUUUCUGGCCCCCGGGGUUGCCCUUCAGCCCACGACGUGCUCGGCAACCGUUUGCCUGCUGCAAGUCACGUGCCCGGCUGGCUAUGCCCAAUCUCUGCUUGUGGGGGUGCAUUUGCAGCCAAUACCCCCGAUGCAGCUCCGCCUGAGGUUCAUAGCAAUGCUGACCACGAUCAGCCUUCUGACUUUGUCGCCCAACCUGUCGAUCAUGCUGCUCCUCAGGCAAUUCAUAGACUCCCAGACGCUGCCGGUGCUGGGCGUUUUGGCCUUGCACGCUUCACCUUUCUCUGCCUGGAUCGGAGCGCCUUACUAUGUGCCUGAGACUGUGCAGAUCCAGCUUCCCAUGCCGUGUGAUGUCGAGGAUGCCCUCGAUGCCGUCGAAAGACAAGUGCAACACUUGCGCCUGGAAGGCUGCGAUCGAGCAAUAGCAGUGAGACCUCAGCCCUUUCCAUCAUGCGCAGCGUUUGUAUUGGCACCAGAUUGGGCUACGUACUCAUCCCUCUCCAUCGUGUGUCUCGAUUUGAGGGAUCUUGGCGAUAGCACUGAGGGGCCCGUGCUUGUCAGUUAUGUCACCAGGCCGACAUGUCUAGCUGAGCUUUGCCGAGAAGCAAGUGUGCACUCGCCUCAGCACUGCAAAGUGUACAUCGGCACAGAGGCCGAGCCACUCCAAGAAGACGAGGAGGUUAACCUCGCUAGUGGUUGCCUGGUAACGUUUAUGCGCACUGACAGGUUGCCGUGCCACGCCAAUGAUCUGCAGUACAGACUGCAAUUCCCAGGUAUAUGGCAGACUCCGCCGAGGUUUCCCACCGGCCCUGCCGUGCGCAGCUCUUUGCUGCUCCUCCACUCCAGUGGGAGGUACCUCUACCGACCGCAGGCCGCACAUGACCCUGGAGAUGUAGCUGCUGCAAGUUUCGUUGGAGUCGAUCGAGCUUCUGUCGAUUUCCAUGCACCUCAGGAUGGCUGCCUGGAACGGGUUAUGUAUCGCGGUAUCAGGGUCAGAGGUACCCUAGCCAUCGCUGAGCAUCACUACGACCCGCAGUUCGUAGUUUUCCUUGACCUCCGUCAGGUUGCCGAAGGUGUACAAUUUGUCGUCCUUGAUGUUCCCUACAUCCUCCUUGUUCACCUACCUCGCCUUGUGCGCUUUCAGCCACCACCGGGGUGGGCUCUCAAGGUUAGGGGGGGUAGGCGGAGAAGGGACCGAAUUGAGAUUGAUAACUCGGCAACUUUAGUCUUCAGCUUUCAGUAUGUAUGCACCUCUGACUCGUCUGAGACCCCGUUCGACCCCACUUCCGAUGGGGAUGACGGAGACAGUGACGGUGCUCCUGACGACUCUGAUAGCGAGGACACAGAUCGGCGCUCCAGUGCCACCACGCGUUCAAGGAGUCGUCGGCGGGGUUCACCUGGAACGGACCCCGGCCACUCCUCUGACCAUUCUUACCAAGGUGGUGUCAUAGGAUUCAGGGAGUUAGAGCCUUUGGUUUCACCAGUCCACCUUCCAGGGUUAUUGGUUGAUGCGGCAUGCCUUCCAGGUGCCGACCCCCAUGUGGACUGGCAGCAAGAUGCCCGCCUUCACUUUCUGGCAUCAGCCAUUGGAAGUGGGACAAGGCGUCUCCUCGUUGACGAAGGCGCUGCCUUCUACCGAAGAGCCUCGUGCAGGUAUGCAGGUGCUCCCGAGCUAAUCCUUGAGCCACACACCCUCCUUGCUGCCUUCCAAGCUGCCUUACACGCCAAGCUCCUGUCAGAGCCUGUCCCGCACGGCAGCGCAGAUGCUGCCCGCCUUCGUGCUCUCCGUCACGCAACCGAGCAUUUAGGUGGUGACUGGCGCUACUUUGCCCCGACAACAAGACUCCACGCGAGCCUUGCAGAGGUCCCAGACUCUUCUUCUGAUGAAGAUCAGGAAGUUAGGUUGCGUCGGGCUGCUUUCAUCAUUUGCACGCCAGGAUAUGCACCAGAGUUUGUUGUCGUUGAGGUGCAAUUCCCGACUACCUUGCCUGAGCUUAUCCCUAGGCUGCGCGCCGCCAGGCGACCAGAGCAGGACUUCAGGUUCCCCCACCUCACACCAGCCACUCCACAACCUAUCGAAGGUACGGGGCUGUUCCUUGCCGCGCCGCAUUGGUGCGCUAACGCACGGGUUGUGUGCAUUGAUGCUACCAGGCUUAAUGGAAGGCUCUUUGCCGCGUAUGCGCCGGCAUAUGCGGAUAAUGACACGUUGGCAGACCUCUCCGGUGCUCACGGCCUUGAUGCCACCUUCUAUGCCGGGCUCAGCCAAGAGCCUAUUCCCGAGGGAGUCUUGACCCACCUCGUUGCGGGAUCCACUGUGUCAAUUUUCGCCCCGCACAUUGAACCCCCUCCAUUGCAGGACCUCGGCCAGCUCCUUUUAGAUGCUGGACAAUGGAGCUCGCGCCCAUUGUAUGUGUACCCAGAACCUGCCGAUGCAUAUUGCCUUGUCCGCGCCACCCACCAUCAGCUCUUCCGAGCUGACCCGGGCAAGCCCACGCAUUAUCGGCGCCGUCUGGCCGCUACUGUUGGGGCACCAGAGGCGCACAUCACUGUCACGCCCUCUGCCCCUAGGGUCGUUGGUAUUGACAUCGCUGGCGUUCCCUGCCGAACGGCAGUUGCUGUGUCGAUCCACACGCCUGACCGUGCCCUAAGGCACCAACAGGACAUCAUCCUUGACUGCCGUCCCAUUCAAGAAGGCCUGUCGCUCUGGCCCGCGCACUCUGGCCUGCUGUUCCUGCCCGACCUGCUUGCGCACUUUCAAAGCCGGGUGCCCGUCGGAUACUCUGUUCAGGUCACCCCCGACACCCGCCAUGGAGUGCACUUGUCUGUGCAUGCCGGUGCUGUCGUCGUCGUUGAUUUUGUCGCACAGCAUCCACAUGCACCACAAGCAUCGCGUGGUCUUUCUGCUGCAGCCCCUGGUCCGCCGGACCAACGGCGUGUGCACUUUGCUGCUGAUCCGCCGUUGCACAAGAAGGCAAUGCCCUGCAGCGCCCGAUGGGAUCUGGACCCGGAGAGUUUCCUGUCCCUGUAUCCACAGUACCAAGUGCAAUUAAAUGCUCCAGUUCCAUCCUCUGAAGCCAUUGCAGCUGUCCAGGCAGCGCGUUUACCCUCUCAUCGAGAGCGGUUCCCCAGGCUUCUGGCUGUUACACCUCAGCCGGACAUGGAGUACGGAACAUUGCUUGCGGCACCGGAGUGGCCCAUGUCGGAAGUUCUCGUCUUCUUCGACCUCCGCGGUUUCGACGACAGAUACUUUGCGCUCAAUGUGCCAUCGACCAUGACCCUCGGUUCAUUUGUCACCGUUGCGGAUGUACCAGCCACUGCAGAGCUUCUAGUUUAUAUCCGUGACAUGCCCUGGCCGUUGGGGGGAGACGUCCCUGUUGACCUCCUGCCCGGUGAUCUUGUUGUCUUCUUGCGCCCCGAUCACUCCAUUGCAGUCCAUGCCAGCCUUGGUGACAUGCUUCAGCAAUCUGUCGGCUGGGCAAGCGAGCCAGACAUUCCAGGUGAAUACGGGGAUAGAAUUUGGCUCGUGACAGACCACGAACCACUUUUGUUCGAAGUCAAUCGCCGCCGCGCUCACGCCUUCAGGCAAGAUGUGGCAGCAGCCCUCGACAUUUCCAGUCAUUCCAUUCGCCUGCAACCUGUCUGGCCCAAUAUCCUCACCUUCGCUGCGCAGGGGUUACUUGUUCGAUCAGUCUUGAUCGCCGUCGAGUCUCCUCCGCUCCCAGCUGAUGGCACAAGUGGCUGGGUCGUAUGCUUACUUGAUUUGCGGCCUAUUCUCCUUGGCCUGGUUGCCGCACAUGCCCCUGAUGGCAGGUAUGAUGCCCCUGGCCUGCGCCAGCGACUGCAGGGCUUCUGUCCCCCAGGUUACUGUGUUGCAAUAACCGGCGGACAUACCCGUGACGACAGCUCCACAGGAUACUUGACAGUCUUUGCAGGUGAGGUUCUCAGUGUCAAUUUUGUCGCCCUGGCGUCAACAUCUCUGUCGAGCACACCUGAGGUGAGCAGGAACGAGCCAGGCGAUGGUGGAGAUCCAGGUGCCACCCCGGGCCCCUCCUCUGAGAACGGGCUUGGCGCACCCCCGUCUUCCAGCACCUCGCGCCCCGCGACCUUCCUCCGAGCACGCCUGCGGCGCGUGACACACAAGGCGAUCUCACCCCUGUGCUCCUCUCCCUUCCGGCCCAUCGCAGGGCGUCUGGUUUACCCAGACAAAAUCGCCGUCGCUUUGCCGUUUGCAGUGCGCCGGGGAGAUAUCUUACAGUUCUGCUUUCUGUUGUCGGCUUAUCCACCCAGCCAGGGGAAGCUGUCCAGGUUUAUCGCCGUACACCUGAAAGCCCAGCCUGUCACCGCACUGCUAACCUCCCUGGUGUGCCCAGUCGGCUCGCUGCUCGGAUGUCCCUCGACCCCGGUUCUGCCGUUUGUCAGCCCGAGCAUCCUCAUUCAGCCGAAGGGAGCGUCAGCAACACUGUCCGACCUCUUCCCACCCCAUCAGGCCAUUGAGGACUUCGACGACCAGUCGGCUUCCUCCUCUGGAACCUACCCCACUGCCGACUUUGCCUGCAAUGCUCAUGUCGAAGCUCGCACCGACGAUGACAUAUGCUGCGACCUUGGCACUCUUCUGUGGGAAUCUGCUCGCGACCCCGAUUGCCAGGCUUUUAUGUUGGCGAGCACUCUACUCGAAACGUGUUUCGAGCAUUUUGGAGACGGCGGUCCUCCGCUCUCGCGACUGCACCUUGAGCUAGCAGCACGGAUUUCUCUGCCCUCACAGGGCUCCAGUUCAUUCUGUCCUUUUUGGCAAGGACUUGACCGUGCUCUUGUGUGCUCACCAUGGUCCCCUGAUGCCCUGCCAGGACUGCACGGCCAGAGCCCACAUGCACACCUACACAUUGGGCAAUAUCAGGUUCCUUGCACUGUCGAGCAGCUCUUGCAAUUCCUCAUGCCGGACUGCUCGCUUGGCUCUGGCUGGGACCUUGUGUUUGCCACACAACAACACGAUCUGUGCCGAGUUCGACUGCUUGACUUUCGUCCUGAGGAUUUUCUCUCGAGCCACAUGCAUUGCUUCACUGACGGCUCUUAUACCGCUGCCACUUCGGCCAAAGCAGGCUCAUGCACGUGGGCAUGUCUGUUCAUCUGCCCUGUCUCAGGCAGUUGUGCUGCCGUGUCUGGCGCAGUCCCACCGUGGACCUUGCAGGACGAACGCCCGUCCGCCUAUAUUGCAGAAUGCUACGCGCUGCUUGUGGCUGCGUGGCUUAGCAUUACCAAGUUUGCGCAGAUCCCCGUCACUCUCCGUUCGGACUGUCAGUCUGCCAUCGGAGUUUUCCAAGGAUGUUUUGUCGGCGCCCCAUGUGGAGUCGCGGCGGUCCUGCGCAGCCUUGGGCUGUUUGCGCUCGAAUUUUCCCCGCAUCCCCCGCAAGCCGCCUAUGUCGCAGGGCAUUCUGGAUGUUUAGGCAACGAACUCGCCGAUUGUCUUGCGCGAAGUGCGGCGCAGGCAAGUCCGUGUGGAUGCUUGCGUUGGUCCCCAGACGGAGCCAAACCAUGGUGGUUCCAGGACGGCCAUUCCCUUGGCUGGGCCGCAAUUGCUGUUGCGAAUCUCUCUGCCAAUGAGAUGUACCCGGGGCCGCAUGUUGAUGAAGUACCGCCAUGUGCCGACUCGAUUGGGCGUGCACCCUUGCAGCUCGUUGCUCCUUUUCUCCCCGGGGGGGCCCUGUCGAGCGAUACUCCAAUAACCCACGUUUGGGGCAAACUCUCCCUCAGGGUCUGCUCGUUCAACGUGCUCUCCCUCAACAGCGUCUCUCUUGAGGGGACCGCUGCAGAUGGCCUUGCAUUCCAACCAGCUCGCCCUGCUCUGCUUGCAGAAUGCUUUCGGGCCGCCGGGGUUCAUGUUGCCCUCAUUCAAGAAGCCCGCACUCAGGAAGGCUUGCUGCGUACGCAAGGUUAUCUUAGGUACUCCUCAGGCAGCACUAAUGGAACACUAGGAGUUGAGGUUUGGUUGUUAGAGAACCACGCGCUCUUUAAUGACCCAGACGGCAAGAAGGGCCUGCGUCUUUCCGCGUCAGCAUGUAUGGUUCUGCAUCGAGACCCACGCAGACUCCUUUUGCUCUUUCGGCAGGAUGGUUUCAAUCUCCUCUUUGUGUCUGCCCACGCGCCCCACAGAGCCGUUGAGAUUGGCACAAUUUCAGCAUGGUGGGCUGAAACCAAUAGAUUGUGCCAGGUGCACGCGCACUCAGCCCUUGUUCUGGUCGGGGGAGACAUGAACGCAUCUGUAGGGUCUGUCACCUCCGCCGCCAUCGGAGGUCAAGACCCUGACCAGCAAGAUGACGCCGGAGCACUUUUCGUAGAUUUCCUACAUUCCCAAAGAUUAUGGGUGCCGAGUACCUUUCCCUCCUGUCAGCAAGGCCCAUCAGGCACAUACGUUCAGAAGCGUAAUGGAGCCUUUUCCAGAAUUGACUUUAUUGCUUGCCCGGCUGAAAGGAGGGCUGGCCACAUCAGCACUUGGACGGAUGAGUCACUGCAUGCUGGCCAGGCGUACAUUGAUCAUAUUGCCGUUUGUGCGCAAUUUGAUCUUACCCUCCGAUUAGCCGGCAGGUCCAUGCCGGCCCUCCACCGCAGGUUCGACGGUCGAGCUAUGCUUACCCCCAGCGGGCAGGCAAAGGUUGAAGGUAUUCUCAAGGCAGCUCCGCGCAUCCCUUGGGCUGCAUCUCCACAUGCCCACGCCUCCACUUUAGUCCAUUACCUCCAGGACUCCCUUGCGGCUGCCUUCCCGCCUCAGAAAGGUCGCUGCUACAGAGCUUACUUGAGUGACUCGACUUGGCAGCUGCACGGGGAGGUUAUGCGACUUCGGAAACAAUGUGUGAGUGUCAAGCGAGCCCUGUCUUUCCAUCUCGUUGCAGCAGUUUUCCAAGUUUGGAAACAGGCUGACAGCGGGCCCCUACUCCACAUGCUGAACUCGCAGUGGACUAAGGAGGCUCAGUAUGCUGGUGCCGUGCAGAGCCACUUUCUAUGUCUGACGUCGCAACGUCUGAAAGCCGCUUGCAAGCAUGACCGUGCUGUGCACUUCAGCGAGCUUGCUGAUGAUGUGCAGAACAGCCGCCCCAACGCUGAUAAAGCUGUGCAACGAUUGAUGGGGUUGCGUCGCAAAAAGCCUUUUCGGCCCGAGGUCCUCCCAGAACUUCACAAGGCCGACGGCAGCCGCUGUGUCACCCCAGCUGAGGCUACUGAAAGGUGGCGGGAACACUUCCGUGAACAGGAGGACGGAUAUGACAUCGCCCCUGAGAUGCUUCCGGGUCUGGCAAGCGGCCCAGGCUUUGUCCUCUCUCCUGACAUGCUUACCGAGCUGCCCUCUCCUGAUAUCCUUUUGCAAGUCAUUGCCUCAUCCCACAAAGGCAAGGCUGCAGGCCCCGAUGGCCUACCUGCUGAAGUAGGGCAUGCCUCCCCGCAAUGCUUAGCCCAGCUUCUUAUGCCACUCAUGCUUAAAAUGGGCCUCACCUGUGUUGAACCGAUAGGUUUCAAGGGAGGAACCUUGACGAAGCUUUACAAAGGCCGCGGUGACACCGCGCAGUGUGCCAGUUACAGGGCGAUCAUGCUCUUACCCACCCUGGCUAAGCUUUUGCACAAGGCUUUCCGGCCAGGACUGUACGAAGUCUUCCACUCCAAUGCGUCUCCGGCGCAGCUAGGCGGCCUUAAGAACACUUCAGUCGUCCUCGGCUCGCACAUCACACGAGCCUUUGGAAGAUACUGCGCUGCCAAUAGCAUCACGAGUGUUGUCCUCUUCGCAGACGUCGCCUCUGCUUACUACACUGCUGUCCGUGCCCUGACCGCGCGGAAACAUGUUGCUGAUGGUGAGGAUGAUAAUGCUUACAUGCCGACCAGGGAGCAUCUUGCAGAGGAGCUCUCCAAGCCGAGCGCCAUGAGGCAGGCGCAUGCCUCGCCCUGGAUUGAGUCGCUUACCGCUGAGCUGAACAGCAACACCUGGAUGUGCCUUGCAGGCGACUCCCAACCGGUUGUAACCAGACAAGGCUCCAGGCCCGGAUCCAGCUUCGCUGAUUUGUUCUACGGGGUCACGGUCCCUCGCAUGCUGCGGUGGCGAGAUGAAGCUCGUAACGGAGCAGCGUCUCCUGCGUCCUCCCCUUCUGAUGUCGAGCAUGCUCCUGUGAUUUGGUGGGAUGGGCGCUUUGAUUUCUCAGAGCCGUGCACCGAUCCCACAGCCUGCACCACUUCCACAACUCUCUGUGAUGUCAUCUGGGCGGACGAUCUCGCUAAAUGUAUCGCCGUACAUAAUGCUAGAUGUGCCGCUGCCGCCACUGCAACUGAAUGCGGCCUACUUGCCGAUGCCUUUUAUGCCCACGGGUACGAACUCAGCUUCGGCCCCGCCAAGACCGCAGCCAUCGUAGUGCCCCGCGGGGCCGGCUCCAGACAAGCACGUAAGACCCUGUUCUCGGGUAAGUCAGUCUUGCCUAUUUUCAGGGAGGAAGUGGGCUGUGCCUCGUUGCCUCUUGUCACCACUUAUCGACAUCUCGGGGUCAAAAUUUCUUCCAGCAUAUCCAUCAUGACUGAGCUUCGCCACCGCGCAUCGCACGCGUGGUCUGCCUUUCAGCAAGGGCGCACCAAGGUUUUCCGCACCCGGCGGAUCUCUGUGAAAAAACGUGGCCUUCUCUUGUCGACUCAUGUCAUGACCAAGCUCCUUUUUGCUGCGGGGGCAUGGCCGCCCCUCAGUAAGGGUGAACAUUCGUUCUUCUUUCGCACGGUUGUAUCCCUGUACCGGCAAACCCUGUCUAUCCCCCACGGGGACGACCAGCACCUCACUCACGCUACCAUUUGUGCCCUUGUCGGACAGCCUCCUCCCGAGGUUCUCCUACUCACCGAGCGAGCGAGAUACCUUCUUCAGCUGCUCAACGCGGCACCCGAGCAACUCUGGGCUUUGGUUCGCCGGGAUGCCGCCUACGUUGCACAUCUGCGCAGCGCCCUUUUCUGGGUCUAUCGCUGGGUUUGUGACACCUCCAGUCUGGGAAGUCCCGAUGAUCAAUGGCCUGAGUGGGAGCAGGUUAUGCGUCAUCGUCCCCACAUCUUCAAAGCCCUCAUCAAGCGUGCACAGGGCCUUGAGCUCAUGCGUACCGCGUGUUAUGCGGCUCUCCAGGCCGUUAGGCGCGCUUUGGAGCAGCUGGUGAAAGGCAGCCCUCCCCCAGAACCUAAGGGGAUUCGCUACCAGGAGGCUUGCCUGCAGUGUAAAAUUGCCUUCCCCAGCCGAACAGCGUGGGCCUGCCACGCCUCCCGGCUGCACGCCUACCGGGCGUCCUCUACCUUACUCGCUGCAGGAUGUGAUAGACCCGUCUGCAAGGCCUGCGGGCGACUCUACGCUAGCAUUGGGCGCUUAAAGCGGCACCUCAGCACUUCCGAAUCCUGCAGACGUGGCUGGGGUGCUUUUCACCCCCUUCCUGGGGGUACGUCCACCCUUCAUCCCGAAGCACCUCCUGUUGCCCUCCCAGGUGUACAUGACGGCUUCUCUGCUGCUCUCGACCCUGCGAAAGUCCACCCAGGUCUACUCCGGGAGCUCCAGGAAUUGUCUGCGCCCCUUACGGAGGACGUGUGGGAUGUAGUUCAGGGCUACAUCGAGCCCCUCCCUCUGCUCAAGGAUACUCUUGAGGAAUGGGCUCAACACCCCGGCCCAGAGCAGGAUACAGAUAUUGCUGCCGCAAUCGCCGGGGACGUUUGUCUUCUUCUCGACCCCGAGUUGUGGUGUGAAGACUUCCGUACCCCAAAAAGCCCUCCCAUGCCGGCUGUCGCCUGCCCUCCCUUCGCGGAUUUUGACUUUGGCCGCUUGUCCUUCGUGCUCACUGGAGCAGAGCAUAUCGUCGACAUUGAGGAGCCCCCUCUACGAGCUUUCGUUUACCCAUUUGGUGCGAGUGUCCCGCUUGCCGCAGCGCGUCGUCACACCGCAUGGAUGGAAGCUACAUGCGAUGCCAUUGGACUUACCUUGCAGCAGUCUCUUGCCAGCCCUGUCCGUAUUCGGCUUUCUCCUCUUGCGGCAGAGGAGGCUGCUGACCUCGACACCACCGACAGCACGAUUCUUCUCGAAAUCUUCGUUUGGUUUUGGCUGUUCCUGAUCAAGACGGGCAUCGUUGUGCCCAACAGCCUCGCAAAUUCGAAAGAGCAGUCCCAUUCCUGGGACGACUCUGACAAGGCGAGCAGCCGCCUGCAAGGCUGCAAUUUCUCCUCCGGCACUGGCCGGGCAAUUCUCCAUCCCAAGGGUGUGAACGGGAUUUUCUUCAGUGGCUGCGAGGCAUCCUCCUUCUCCUUUCUGGGCAACAGCGACCCCCUCCUCUACUUGGGCCACGACGAGCUUCUCCUUUACCCGAUUCUCGGCUGCAGCUUCUAG